CAGCUAAGAGGUCAUGAUUAUCCUUAAGUUUAUUCAAUGAAUUCUCCAAACAUUGAAAUCAUCUCGGAUUGCUUCGUGAAGCCCAAAUUCAUCUCUGAAGAACCAAAGAAACCCAUUUACUUCUCUCCAUGGGAUCUCAUCAUGAUUUCUUUGAAUUACAUUCAAAAGGGUCUCCUUUUCCGGUUACCAGAAAAUCAAGAUUUCUCCAUUACCACCUUCUUGGAUGACCUCAAACACUCUCUUUCCGCCACCCUUACUCAUUUCCACCCGCUCGCUGCCCGUUUAGCCACCGUCAAACACGAAAACCCGCCUUCUUUAACCGUCUUUCUGAACCCUGAGAAUAGCCCCGGAGCUAGAUUUAUCCAUUCGUCUGUUAAUUUAACCGUGGCGGAUAUCCUUAAACCCACGGACGUGCCGUUGGUUGUUCAGACGUUUUUCGAUCAUCACCAAGCUGUCAAUAACGACGGUCACGAGCUCUCGUUGUUGUCCGUAAAAGUGACAGAACUUGUAGACGGUAUCUUUAUAGGAUGCUCCGUCAACCACAUGUUAGUUGAUGGAACCUCGUAUUGGCAUUUCAUCAACUCCUGGUCGGAAAAUUUCAAUUCCAAAAGUCAAAACAUCUCACGUCCACCGAUUCUGGACAGGUGGAUUCCGGUAGGAUCCGACCCGGUUGUUAGCCUACCGUUUACCCAUGAAGACCAAUUCAUUGAUAGAUCGGACUACCCAUUGUUAAGGGAAAGAAUCUUCCGGUUCUCGUCGGAUGCACUCUCUAAACUCAAAGCAAAAGUGAAUUCCGAGUGUGGUACGACAAAGAUUUCCACUUUACAAUCGCUCUCCUCCCUUUUGUGGAGGUGCGUGACGCGCGCCCGGCGGAUUCCUGCUGAUCAAAAAACCAGUUUUAAGAUGGCAGUGAACAACAGAAGAAGACUAUCCCCACCUCUGCCUGAAAAUUACUUUGGUAAUAUGAUACAGACGGUGAGGGCAAUAACAACGGUAGGGGAGUUGCUUGAUCAUGGUGUAGGGUGGGCCGCAUUACGGUUGCAUGAAGCAGUGGUGAGUCAUGGUGAUAAAGAAAUAAAGCAAUUUAUGGAUGUGUGGGUUAAGAGUCCGUUUGUGUCGAAAUUGGGGGUCCAUUUUGAUAGAAAUGGUGUACUUGCGGGGAGCUCGCCAAGAUUUGACAUGUAUGGAAAUGAAUUUGGAUUGGGGAAACCAUUAGCGGUUUUGAGUGGGUAUGCUAAUAAGUUUGACGGGAUGGUGACGUUUUAUCCUGGAAGGGAGGGUGGAGGAAGCAUAGAUCUGGGAAUUUGUCUACUUCCGGUAAAUAUGGUGGCUUUUGAAUCUGAUGAAGAAUUCAUGAGUGUUGUUAACUAAGAAUUCCUAAAUUAAAUGUAUUGCUUUAAAUUUCUUUACAUAAGGCCAUGGAUGUACUCUAGUAUUUGGGUUGUUAACGUUAACAUGGCAUGUUAACUAAGAUUGUAAACCACUCCCUCGUUGUGUUAAGGGGCAUUAAAUGGGUUGUAUGUUAACAUGUUAACUGGGUGUUAAGAGAUUAAACCAUUUCCUUUUA